UGACCUUUUAGUGCAGCUGCCUGGGAAGGCUGCACACACGGUAAGGAGCUGAAUCACGACCCAUACGGUGACGAUUUAACCAGCUAAACCCACCGUAAAUGGGUUUAUCACCACAUCAGACGUUACUUUCACCACUGUUCUCCUCGACCUAUUGUAUUGGAUGGAUUAUCUUAUUUACCUCUCACCGAAAAGCCUUACAACGCCCAAUCAGCAGCGGCGGCCAUUGCUCGGUCACUGACGCUGGAGAACACUGUAAUCUGUCUCUGCAAUGGCAGUCUUUAGUCACCAAGUGCUCCUUGCAGUCACAAGAUCAAGAGGAUCUUAUUUGUUAUCCAAGAAGCACAGCUGUUCCUCUCUGACUUCCAAAGCUUAUCUUCACAUAGACCCUGCGCGCCACCUCUCAUCGUCAUUCCCUCUCAGGCACUCCCGCUACAGCUACCCCCACUGUUUCCGAGGCCACGCUCUCAGCCGUGGCCACAACUGCACCCUGCUCGCCCGCUCUCUACACAGCUCAGGUGUAUGGCUCCAGGAUGUAAAGCAGGAGGAUACUCAGGCUUCCCCAGCCACUACCCAGAAUGCUUCUACAGGAGAUAAGAAGGACUCUGCUGCCGGACCUCAGUCCCAUCCUCCUCCAGCACCCACCCCAACGUCCACUGCUUCCACAGCAGCUCCCGUCCCUCCAGUUCAGGAGAGGGCAUUAGCAAAAAAAGCUCUGUAUCAGAGGAUUGUGGAUGAGUUGAAGCAUUACUACAAUGGCUUCCGGUUACUCGGCAUUGACAUCAAGAUUGCCGGCAGGAUGGUGUGGAGGUUGUUGCAUGGACAAGUGCUCACACGCAGGGAAAGGAGAAGGCUGAUGAGGACAUGUGCUGACCUCUUCCGUCUAGUACCCUUCAUGGUGUUUAUCAUCGUUCCUUUCAUGGAGUUCCUUCUUCCUGUCUUCCUCAAACUUUUCCCGGAAAUGUUGCCCUCAACCUUCGAGUCAGAGUCCAAAAAGGAAGAGAAGCAGAUGAAAGGUCUAGCUGCCAAGCUGGAACUCGCCAAGUUUCUCCAAGAAACCAUUGCUGAGAUGGCCCGAAGGAAUAAAGCAAAGGCUCAGAUAGAGGAUGAGACGCAGCGCUUCUCCAAAUAUGUUCAAGAGGUUCGGGGCACAGGUGAGCAGCCCACGACAAAGGACAUCGUCCGUUUUUCAAAGCUGUUUGAGGACGAGUUGACGCUGGAACAUUUGGAGCGGCCCCAGCUGGUGGCUCUCUGCAAACUCCUGGAGCUUCAGCCCAUCGGCACAAACAACUUGCUGCGCUUUCAGCUGAUGAUGCAACUCCGAACCAUCAAGUCGGACGAUGAGAUGAUUGCAGCAGAGGGUGUGGCGGCCAUGAGCGUAUCGGAAUUGCAAGCAGCAUGUCGUAGUCGUGGGAUGAGGUCUCUGGGUCUUACCACAGAUCAGCUACGUCAGCAGCUGCAACAGUGGUUGGACCUGCACCUGAAGGAGAACGUUCCUCCAUCGCUGCUGCUGCUCUCCAGAGCCAUGUACCUCACAGACCUCAAACCAAAGCCCCAUGUCAUCCCGCCCAUUCCCAAACUAGAGAAAGCUGCUCCUCCUCCAGUGGAGAAUACAGAAGCAAAAACAGCCUCAGUCCCUACUGAGAGGUUGGCAGACCCUGCUCUUAUCAUCAAAGACAGACAGGUGGAAGAAAUGAGAGACAAGGCACCUGUCAUUUCAGACAAACCUCUGACGCCUGCUGAAGUCCUUCAGGCUAAAGCAGCAGCAGAAGUGACCCAGAAGAGCAAGAUGAGUGCCAAUGGUGUGUAAAGAGAAGCUGGAGCUUCAGGACUCUCAGCCUGGUGUCCUCAGGAGAGGAAGGGUGUCAAAUGACUCCCCUGUGAUGGCCUACAUUUCAGUAGCCUUCAUAAAAGUUCUAUAACAUCCUUUCGUUUCUCUGUGGACCAUCAUUUCAUCCAGAGAGCCUCUUCGACCCUCUUGCUGUUACCCCCCAGAAUAAUUCAGAUGCGUUAGCCUCAUCUGUUCUCAGUAACUCUUCCCAACAUUUACCUGGACUGGCACUAAUGGUGUGAUUUCUUUGACUUAGCGUCUGUGACGUGAUGCUCAAACCGCCCUCUGCAUUUUUUUUCCUCAGCUUAUUUUCUGUUGGGCUCUCGCUGUGGUCCAGUCUCAUCCUCCUCUUCCUCUUCCCAGUGUAAAUUUGUAAAUAUGUAUAUUUUCCUCUCAUACAUCACACAAUCAGCAGUUUUGUACAGUUUGCUAUGCAAAGGCCAGCGUUUUCACUCUUAGUGGUUUUAUUUAGUUUUAUUUGCAGAUGUGUAACAUUUCCCUGAAACAAUUAGCUGAACUUUUUGGUUCAGUUGCUGCCCCCACUUUUAUUUUUGCUCCAAGUUUGACUGCGCUUUUAGGCUGAAGCAUAAAUCAUAAAUACACACAUUCUGAACCUGCACUUGAUAAAAUGCAAAUGGUUUAGUCAAAAUGUCAGACAUUCACCUUGUCUGCUUGUGGAAAUGCAUUUCUGGCCCUGCCUGUCAACAUGAUGGCGUAGUUAAUGUAGUUUACUGCUGCUGUAAUUAGUUAUUGACAUUAAAAAUGUCUAAGCAGGCUCAGUCAUUAAGUCCGGAGGUAGAUCCUAAAUCGCAGUCUGCCUCCACUUGUCACUCCAGUGAAAAGCCACUGAAAGGAUGAUCUGUACAAAAGACAGCAGAUUUUAUUUGCGUAUAUGUUUUGUGUUGUAACACUCAGAUGGUAAAUGUCUUUAAACUGAAAAGAGAAAAUACUUGAUGUAGUCCACAUAGAUAUACUGUUAUAUAGGGGGGAAGAGAUGAAAUCCUAAAGCCACAAAUAAGAGUAAUAUUUUUGGUAUUGUGGCAAUAAAAAAGGUAAAUAUACUGUGUAAUAAAUCAUUUGCCCACCAGUCUAUCUACAUUUAAAACCAGAAGUACGACCCUCAAAGUCAAUAAUAAAAAGCUUAAAACAUUUAGCUUGUUUUUUAAAUUUCUUUGUCUUUUGUAAUCCUCCCAUUCUCCUGUAUACAUUAGACAUCGAGUCGCUGUCCCCACAUAUUUUUUUAUAUUGCUGUUUAUCUGUAGGCACCUUCUUCAGAUGGAUGCCAUAAACUAAAGGACAAUUUAGAUCUAAUAACUGCUCAAGAAAGUUUCUGUUACUGGUUUUGACAUAUGUGCCUAAGGCUAAUGGGCGAAUGUUGGCAGAGUUCUUUAAUUUAAACCAUCACCUCAGUGUGUUUGUAGUGCCCAGUUGCACCUUAACUGAAUGUCUCCCCCUUCCCAUUUGAUCCAUAUGAAUCCUUUACUGUUUGCGUGUCAUCAGUGUUGAUACUGAUGGAAAUGUGACCACCCUUUCCAAGCGCUGCAAAUGCAGUUUGAAGGAGAUUGAGAGAAACAUUAAAAGGAAUCAAAAUAUUAUAGCUGCUUGCUGUCUGAAGUGUGCUUUGUUGCCAUGUUGAAAGGGGGAAAACAAACAAGGGGGCUAUGACCUACAAGAAUUCAUACUCAAAUUAAAAUAAUAUAACCCUUUACAGCUGUCUCCUGUCUUUGUUGAUGCUACCCGUUGGAUAUGAAUAAAAUCAAAUUCACGUGGCC